AUGAGAUCAUGGCUCCGGUUCAAGUCUAAUUCUUCAGGGAGAUGGCUUCAACGACAGGUUAACGAUGUCCACUCAAAACAGGCCAAACACGAGAAUUACCGCCUGCGAGCGGCGUAUAAGCUCCACGAGCUAGAUGAUAAGUUCCGCUUAUUUACUGGCAAUACUCAUGGUGUGGUUGAUUUGGGUUUUGCUCCAGGUGCUUGGACACAAGUGGCGUUGGAGCGGCUAAAGAAGAAGCGGGCUACCUCGGCUUCAGUGUUGGGAGUGGACCUUAUCACCUGUCAGCCGCCCCAGGGAGCUCAUUUUAUUACGGGAGAUAUCCUUAGUCGAACCACUCAUCAACAGAUUAUGGAUUUCUUUGGUGAUAAGCGAGUUGACGUGGUCAUGAGCGAUAUGAUGGCCAAUACUCUGGGGAUUAAAGAUAACGAUCAUUACGCCAGUAUGGACUUGUGUCACGGAGCAAUGCUUUUGCUGCUAGCAGUAUUAGCUCCUGGAGGCUCUAUGGUGAUGAAAUACUAUACGGGAAAGGAAGAACAGGAUCUUGUGGCUAAAAUGCAGGCGAUGUUUGCCAAAGUGUACCGGUUUAAACCACAAGCGUGUCGUAAUGAAAGUCGGGAAUCGUAUAUUAUUGGCCAACGAAGAAAGCAGGGGGUCGCCGUGGACGAUGUCUUCAACUAA